GGGGCCGUGGGUCGGAACGGAAAAUAUCUAGGUCAGGGUUGUCACACUGAAUAGGGUCCCCCGGAGCCGGCCUGUGGGAAGCGCGGCCCGGGCGGAGGCCUGGGCCUGUGGGCCGGGAGCAGUAGGGGAGCCGCGGGCGGCCCGCGGGAGGGAGCGGAAGCCCGGGCAGCGGCGCGAGCAGGACGGGCGAGCUCCGCACUCCCUCCUCAUGGCCGGGAGCGGGCCGCGGCGGCGGCGGCGGCGCUGACAGGCCCGGGGCGGGGCGGGACGGGCGAGGGGAAGAUGAGCGCCCUCCUAGAGCAGAAGGAGCAGCAGGAGAGGCUGCGGGAGGCCGCGGCCUUGGGGGACAUUCGGGAGGUGCAGAAACUGGUGGAGAGCGGGGUGGAUGUGAACUCCCAAAAUGAGGUCAACGGCUGGACCUGUUUACACUGGGCAUGUAAACGCAAUCAUCGUCAGGUGGUCUCUUACCUGUUAAAAUCAGGAGCUGACAAAGAGAUUCUUACCACAAAAGGAGAAAUGCCAGUCCAAUUAACAUCAAGGAGAGAAAUCAGGAAGAUUAUGGGAGUGGAAGAUGAUGAUGAUGGUGAUGACAACCUCCCCCAGCUGAAGAAGGAGUCAGAACUGCCCUUUGUUCCCAACUAUUUGGCUAACCCAGCCUUCCCUUUUAUCUACACCCCCGCAGCUGAAGAUUCAGCCCAGAUGCAGAAUGGGGGCUCCUCCACACCUCCUGCAUCACCCCCUGUAGAUGGCUCGCCUCCAUUGCUUCCCCCGGGGGAACCGCCCCUGCUAGGGGCCUUUCCACGGGACCACACCUCUUUGGCACUGGUUCAGAAUGGUGAUGUGUCUGCCCCCUCUGCCAUACUCAGAACACCAGAAAGCACAAAACCGGGGCCUGUUUGUCAGCCACCGGUGAGUCAGAGCUGCUCCCUGUUCUCUUCUGUCCCAUCCAAGCCACCAGUGUCUCUGGAGACUCAAAAUGGGACAUAUGCAGGUCCGGCGCCAGCAUUCCAGCCAUUUUUCUUCACUGGAGCAUUUCCAUUUAAUAUGCAAGAGCUGGUACUCAAGGUGAGGAUUCAGAACCCAUCUCUUCGAGAAAAUGAUUUCAUUGAAAUUGAACUGGACCGACAGGAGCUUACCUACCAAGAAUUGCUCAGAGUGAGUUGCUGUGAGCUGGGCGUUAAUCCAGAUCAAGUGGAGAAGAUUAGAAAGUUACCCAAUACUUUGUUAAGAAAGGACAAAGAUGUGGCUCGACUUCAAGAUUUCCAAGAGCUGGAACUGGUUCUAAUGAUAAGUGAAAAUAAUUUUCUGUUCAGAAAUGCUGCGUCCACACUGACUGAAAGGCCUUGCUAUAACAGGAGAGCUUCAAAACUGACUUACUAAUGCAGCAGGGACUUUUAUCACUGACUAUUGUGACAGUGCUUGUCACCUCUGGGCCAAGGACAAGCCAUUGAUCUAAAUGCCUGUAUGCCCGGGAGGGCCCCUGGUGCCACUGCGUGGUAUACAUUAACAUCGUUCUGCCUGGGUAGGAGGCCCCUGACCCCCAAGCAGCAGUACCACUCUUCCAAGCCUCUUGGUGCACAAUAAACCUAUCGCUUGAAACUUUGAACAGCUGAGAAGUGGUCUGGAGAGGCAGAAGCCAAAGGUUCUAUAUCCAGUGUGCUUUAUGUGCAGAAUGUAAGGAAGUUGUCUGAGCAGAAGCUGAGAGCGUGCAGAGACUGUUUCUAGUCAUUCCUGUUGAUGUGCACCUGAAGGCUGGCUGUGCUUUUCUUGGUGUUGCGUGCUCACAGCUCUCCUGAAAUUGUGAACUGACUAGAGAGGAAGACUGGGGAAAGCACAGGUACUAGACAAAUGAAUCUUAGUAUGACUCGUGGCUGUGAGGUUUCAUAUAACAUGUUUGUAAGUGUCACUCAGGUUUAAAGUAUUUAAGAAUACAGCUAACUAAUUGUAUAUAUGCUGUUAACCAAAAGAGCUUCCCCUCCCCCACUUUUUCCUUUGUAAACACUCAUGGAGGCUUCUGUGUCUCUAGACAGUCAUCUCUGCACUGACUCCCUUUCAUGGUCACUAGAGGGCUCUCUGAUGCUUUCUAAAAGAGCAAGCGCUUUUUUACUCCGAAGCGAUUUCUGUCAUUUGUGUAUUUAAAUACGCCGAAUGAGAAGAGCACAAACAUUGCCAGUCCGUGUUCUCCCCUUUCAUUUUCCACCAGAAAUGAAAAGCAAUUUUUGAGACUGAAUCUGUUGCUAUUUUAAAGGUUAUUGUGGGAAACUGAGCUAAAGGAGUUAACAUCUUUAUUUUUGUAUCAAAGAUAAAGGUUAUUUUGAAAUUAUUAGGAUUUUUACACAACUCUGGAAUCUGUUGCUUUUGUAAACAAAUUGUUUGAUCUUUGAGAUUCCCCCCUCCCCCAACCGAUCUACUUAACAAAGUCAAUUUGAGUCCACCAGACUUUGUUCUGAAAAACAAAACUUGAGCUUGGCAUAAGAAUUGUUUUAAAGAAUGCAUUCAAGGAUUCUUUUCCUUUUCUUCAGUGUCAUUACUGUUAAAAGAAAAGCCACUGUCUUGUUGAAACAAACAGCUUCACUUUAGAAAUAAAAACUAGCACACGUAGACAAACAGGAGAGCAGGGGUUUGAAGCCAGCUGUUAAAGAGCAUCCCUGCUGUCUUAAGAAGCUUUUUCCCCAUAGUGCCUAUAGUUUCCAAAGAAACUUAACUUCCUAACUGUGUUAACUUAAUUUUAUUAGAACACUACGAUUGAGUGAGAACGUGCAGAAGAUGUCAGUGGAGAAGAAUGUUGUGUUAAGAUAAUGGCCUCCUGCUGCUGCCUAAAUGCUGAAAUGAUGUUAAGGUGUUUUUCAAGGCCAACUUCAUGAAGUCACAUUGUUUAGUGACUUAAUUGUAUUCUAGCAAUUAUGCUGGUGACUUACUCACCCUUGUACAGUGUUUGCAUAGCAGAGUGAAGGUUACUUAUUACCCUCUUUUUCCGGAGUGCUUUAAAGAAGAAACCACCCUUGUGUUUCAACAAAUUGGAAGCUAGUUCAUCUAGAUGUAGUCACCUUUUUUUUCUUUGCUUUGAAAAAAGUUACAAUUUACUGAUACAAUUACUAUCCUAGAAGGAAUAAACUCAGUAUUAAUUCAUGUGUAAAUUACUGGGGUUAAAACUCAGCCACCCAGAUUAAUUAGAGGCUCUCAGACGUGGUGGAGGACCCUGGCUGGGAGGUGGCCUACAGAGAGUAGCUCCAGGGCAUUUCCCAGGCUCAGAAACCGAGGCAAGCAAGGGUUUUGGUGUCUCAGGUGAGAGAUGGGUCUGAUGUGGCUCUGCCCUUUGCUGGUCUCUCUUCUCCUUUAUAAAAUCCUCUGUGGUCAACUGACUUCUGCAUAUAGCAUUGGGAUAAGACUGCACAGUUGCUGGUAGGUGAGUUUAAAGUCUUAAUCUAUGCAUUCAGAGAAAUAUUUUUAUAUGCUUUGUGUAAUUUAUAACAAGGAUUUUUUUUUAGCUCUGUUAACUGUAAAUUCACCCCUCUUCCUCCACUGCAUAUUUAAAGCAUGUGUUCACUGUGUGUAAACAUUCACUGAAGGUUUUUUUCUUUGUGCAUUGCUGACAGUUCAAACAUAACAAGUAUUAUUAAAAUUAAAUAUUAACUGAC